AUGAAUGGUCCGAGUUGUACGUCGCCUACCUUGAUCUCUAGUAUUCUUAAGAACAUCACGCGUGUCGCAUCGCCGGACUACGUCCCAAGCAUAGACGACAUCCUCCAUGCUCGUAUCCAAACUAUGGGAGUCACUGAGCACAUCUUUGAUGUGAAUAUCCACGGGAAAUCUGUGACCUGGCAUCUAUUUGACGUAGGUGGUGCUCGAGGACAGAGACACUCGUGGGUGCCAUACUUCGAUGAUGCGAACGCUAUCAUUUUUGUUGCUCCCGUGAGCGCAUUUGAUCAGUAUCUCGAAGAAGACCCUCGGACGAACAGGAUAGACGACUCGCUGCAAUUAUUCAUGCAACGAUGUUCGAACGCCCUGCUGAAGAACGUUCGCUUGGUACUCUUCCUGAAUAGGACGGAUCUGCUCAAGGCGAAGCUCGACACCGGACUCAAGGUCCGGAAGUACAUCACGUCCUUCAGCGAUCGGUCCAACGAUUACGAGACCGUCGUUCAAUACUUCCGCGCUCACUUCCUGCAGGUUCAUAGACGAAACAACGAGAAUCGUCAGGUGCUGUAUACUCAUUUUACGAGUGUAGUGGACACAAAGGCGACGCAGCGUAUCAUUGGAAACGUUCGCGACUCAAUCUUCCGAGGUUACCUCCAGUCUGCAGCCCUCGUUUGA